UCGCGGACGCGCUCGAGCCAACACCACGCGACAGUGACUGACAAGAUGGCGAUCAUUUCAGAAACAGAGGAGUUACUGCGGUGAAGGAGAGGCUUGACAACACCACCAUGCCCUGGGAGGGUCUCACUUCUCAGUUCGCCAUGGUUACCAUGGUGAUAUGAAGCCGGCGUGAAGCGCUGACAAACAAAGACUUGCGCGCCAAAGGGUCAGUUUGACUGACACAGCCAGCCAGCCAGCUUGGCGGGCAGGCUUGUGUAAUGGACAGGUGUAAGCAUGUGGGGCGGCUGCGGCUGGCCCCAGACCACUCCAUCCUUAACCCCCAGAAGUGGCACUGCGUUGACUGCAACACCACCGAGUCCAUAUGGGGCUGCCUCGGCUGUGCCCACGUGGCGUGUGGGCGCUAUAUCGAGGAGCAUGCUCUGCAGCACUUCCAGCAGCAGGGCCACCCGCUGGCAAUGGAGGUUAACGAACUUUAUGUUUUUUGUUAUUUGUGUGAUGACUAUGUUCUGAAUGAUAACGCCACCGGAGACCUCAAGUUGCUUCGCAGUACACUCAGCGCCAUCCAGAGCCAGCGCUAUGAGGUCACCACCCGCAGCGGGCGCACCCUGCGCUCCGCUAGCGCCAGCGUUGAUGCCCUCAUGCCAUCCGGCGCUCGUGAGUUGCAGUUGAGGGACGAGGACCGAAUGUUUACCGCUCUUUGGCACCGCCGCAGAGCACUUAUGGGACGCAUCUUUCGCUUUUGGUUUGGCCUGACUGAAUGUGGAAAAAGGAGAGCGGAGGAAGAGAGGAGGAGGGAGGAGGAGGAGCAGCAAAGAAGGGAGGCCAGGGAGAGGAGGCGAGCUCUCAAGAGGCAGCUACAGGAGAAGCUGGAGAACGCUCCUCUCAGGAAGAGUCGUCGCCUGCGUCAGAAAAGCCAGAGAGUUGGCGAUCUGACGACCACAAUGCCGACUUCUCGCAGGGCACGCAACAAGACAAAAACUCCAGCGCCCCCAUCCCUGAAACGCAGGCAACGGACUAGAAGCCCCGCCACUGUAAUCCCCAAGAAAGCUGGACAAAAAAAAAAGGUCCAAGCAACCCCCAAAGCCCGCAGCCAUUCUUCAACUACCAAAUCUAAGCCCAAAGCCACUUCAGCAACCCUGCAUACUGCCCAAACCCCUGUCUGCCGCAAACAAGGCACCAAACAGGACGGCUCGCCCUUCAAGCGGCGUCCUACAGUCACUCCUGGAGUGACGGGAUUAAGAAAUUUGGGAAACACUUGUUAUAUGAACUCCAUCCUGCAGGUGCUGAGUCACCUGCAUGUUUUCAGGGAGUGCUUCCUGCGUCUGGAUUUGACACAGGCGCUGGAGCUACUGGCAUCUGCCGUCCAAGGCCAACUGGCAGGGAAGGCCUCAUCGCAGCCCCCCCUGAUCCAAAGGAAGGGACUCCAGACCAGCUUGGGCUCUGGGGUGGGGCUGAGUGGCGGGGCGUCACGAGCCCGCAGCAUGGAGUUGAUACAACCCAAAGAGCCCAGCUCGAAGCAUAUCUCACUGUGCCAUGAGUUGCACACCUUGUUCCAGGUCAUGUGGUCUGGCAAGUGGGCGCUGGUAUCGCCUUUUGCCAUGCUGCACUCAGUGUGGCAGCUGAUCCCGGCGUUCAGGGGCUACGCUCAGCAGGACGCUCAGGAGUUCUUGUGCGAGCUGCUGGAUAAAGUGCAGCACGAGCUGGAGAGCACGGGCAAGCACACAACCAGUGCUGGGGUCCCACAGACGCAGAAACGGCUAAUCAAGCAGGUGCUCAGCGUGGUCAACACCAUCUUUCAUGGCCAGCUCCUCAGCCAGGUGACGUGCCUGGCCUGCGACCAUCGCUCCAACACUGUGGAGCCUUUCUGGGAUCUGUCGCUGGAGUUCCCGGAGCGAUAUCACAGUAAUAGCCGGGAGUCAGCCGCUCAGGCUUCGUGCCAUUUGACAGAAAUGCUGGCCAAGUUUACAGAGACCGAAGCUCUAGAGGGAAACAUCUACGCGUGUGACCAGUGUAACUCUGCCAGAAGACGGACCUCGUCCAAACCAGUCAUCCUGACCGAAGCACAGAAGCAGCUGAUGGUCCACAAACUGCCUCAGGUCCUCCGGCUGCACCUCAAACGCUUCAGAUGGUCUGGGAGGAACCACCGGGAAAAGAUUGGAGUCCACGUCAGCUUCGAUCAGCUCCUCAACAUGGAGCCCUACUGCUGCCGAGAGCCCUCACCCAAAGGCGUGCCCUGCUCCAGUCCCAGCAGCCCCAGCGCCGCUGGCUCGCCGCGCCCUAAGCACUUCCUUUACGAGCUCUCAGCCGUGGUGAUGCAUCAUGGGAAGGGCUUUGGCUCCGGCCACUACACUGCCUACUGCUACAACACAGAAGGAGGCUUCUGGGUUCACUGUAAUGACUCUAAGCUGAACGUGUGUUCGGUGGAUGAGGUCUGCCGCGCUCAGGCCUACAUCCUCUUCUACACGCAGCGAGUAUCUCAGGACAGAGACCGGCCACUAUAGGACUACACCCCUCUGUGAACCCCGCUGCCACCUCCCCUGCAGCCCGACUACUCAGCGAGGUGACAUCAGCACAGCCCCACCUAUCGGUCUUUCUCUUCCCUCUUUCUUUGGGCAUUUUGUAUCUGGGGGGUUGGGUCUUUUUAGUCUAUUUUUCUAUUAAAAAAACAAAACAAAACAAAAAGUAGGUGAGAGAGAAAGGACUCGUUUGUAAAGUUGGGUUCUGCUUUGUGAACUUGUUGUAUAUUGUGUUUAUAUGUAGGUAUUUUUUUUUUAAAAAGAUUAUGAUGUUUGUGAUUCAUGUACAGUUGUAUUUUAUAAAGAAGAGAGUAUCAGCCAAGGUGUGUCUGUGUCAAGCAGCCAGUAGACUUUGGUCAGGCAUGACUACAUACUCUACAGGUAUGUCUGCUUACCUGUGCGUGAGGCUUGUUGAUUGUAAAUGCUGUGUUUUGGGGUUUUUUUGUUUGUUUGUUUUGUUUCAUAAAUCAGCUGAAAUGUUUCUCAGUCACUUUAGAUAGUCAACACAGAACUGGAUGUAGGGUUGUAAACUGUCAUUCACUCAGUAGAAAUGGCCUCCGUGUGUCUGAGACAGGUAAACAUUUUCACAGGCGUUCAUCCCGAUUCCUUGCCAGAAAUGCACUAAUGUGUAUGGUGCAGGUUUUUAGUGUUGGUUGGUUGUUUAAAAAUCUGUACACGAGCAAUGUUUUUCACUCUGAGGCAGACUUCAAGCCAAAGUAUUUGCGGGAAGUGUUUGGAAAACCCUGCUUUUCCUAAACGGUUCAGUAUUUUAUAGAGUUUUUCUGUUUUUAUUCCUGCUUUUAAUGACAGCUACAAAUGAGUGUGACAGGGCCACAUUAAGAAGAAGGUUAGAUUUAGAGAAUAAUUUGGAGUGAUGUUGAAAUAUUAUUCUAGAAAUGUAGUUAGAAUUUUGAGAGUAAUUUUGCAAUACAAAAACAUUUGAGAAAAGUCUACAUUUUGAAAGAAAUUGGAGUAGUUACAAUAAUAAAGUUGGAUUUGAGAAUAAUGUCAGAAUAUGAUUAAAGUAACUUUAAAAAAUUAAAUACCAACCUGAGAAUAAAGUCUGUAUUCUUUUGAAAGAAAGUCAAAAUUUUGAGGAGAUCAGUCCAAAUUAUGAGACUAAAGUCAAAAUACUACUACUGAGACUACAAAAGAAAGCAUUUCUCUUUUAGUACACAAGUAUUGUGAUAUUAAAGGUGAGGACUAUCUUUUCAGGGAAAAAAAAAUAAGUACAAUUUAAUGAGGCCUACAGCUGUGUUCUACUCGAGAGCCCGGGCUGACGUUGCUGUGAAUAAAUUUUUAACACUUCAGAAAUUGUCUGUGAUCUCCAACAGUCACUACUCCACAGACUGGAGAGUAUAUCUCAAGAUUUUGACUUUAUUCCUAAAAUCUCAGCUUUAUUUUCAGCAUGCUAAGUUGUAAAUCUAAAUUUUCUUGCUUAAUGUGGUUUUUGGUUUUGUAUGUUUUAUUUGGCUCAGUGCUGCCCCCGUCUGCCUCAGAAUGUAACUGUAUAACCGUAAACCAUCCCUGAAUAAGCAGAUAACUGCUGUACUUGAAAAGUGCCCUUUUUAACAAAAUCUAUUUUUAUAGUUCAUAUCAAUUCAGAAAAGUGGGAGUCCCACACAGACCAGCAUUUAGAUUAUGAAUGUACUUUUUAUACAAUUCUUCUCAGAGAUUUUACAAAGGAGGCCAUCGACUGUUUUAAACGUUUUAUACAACCACUUUGUUCCGAUUGUUGAAAACCACCAGCAGUUAACAGAUUUCACUGUUCAAUUAUCUUCCCUCUGAACAGAGGGGAGUCGAAGCACACUUUGUCUGGAUUUUUUUUUUUUUUCACUGUCCGCAGUUCUGUUAUUUGUUGGCAUUUUGGUUACUGCUCCAUGGAUGCGCCGUGUGUAAAUUGAUGGAAGUUAUACUAUGCAAAUUGUUACCUCAAUUUUUUGUUUUUUCUAGAAAAAGAAAUUACCUCAAUAAAUGAGAAUAUUUUUUCAUUUUUUUCUACAAAAGAUACCUGUCUGUGCUUCAUUAUUUACCUUCAAUCUACAAUGCAUGAAAAUUCCCCUUAUUGAUAAGUCAUAUCCUGUGUAUGAAAUACAUAUAUUAGAGAGGUUUGUUAUGUACAUGAAUAGCUAAGAUAAGAUCUAUUAAUUGUCUCAAUUAAUUGUCCCAGCAUUUAUUUUGAAGUUACAAAUUUAGAAAGAUUACUUUUUAAUUAAGACAUAAGCAGCUAUUAGGAUUAGUUUUAUUAAGUAUUAGUUCACGGUUAAUUAGAAUAAGCAAUGAGAAAUAGCUAGGCUAAACAGAAAAAGCAUUUCUUUUAAUGGUUUGUUUAGAAAAAAUAAGUAUUUAUCAUAGCAAAGAUUAUUCGAUUAUCAAAUCAAGCCACCCUGCCUAACUGGUUAGCUGUGUCCAAUGAAGCAUACCAUUUAGUAAAAUGUAAUUGUUUUAAUAAAGAAUUAGCUAGAUGAGAUGGGGUAACUCCAUUGUUGGUUCUCUUUGAUAAUGCUGUGCUAGUUUUAGGUGCUCAUCCUGCUAAGCUAAUGUAACUGUCUGCUUGUUAGUCUCAUUUAACAGUUAUCUCAGGAAUUUACAAGUUACCAUGGCUUAACAUAAGUCUUUAGCUUGUAUAAAAAUAAGGGAAGUAUUAGAAGUUUUAUUGCCAGUAACAGUCUCCAAUCUUCAUGCUAAGCUUAACUGAGCCAUGUUAACCUGCUAAGUGGUAGCAUCCUACUUACAGGUAUAAAACCAUUUACCAUUUUAAUAAAAUUAACAGCUGAUUAAUCAAUAAGGUCAAAUGCUUAAUUUUACUAAACCAAGUCUGAGUUUAAAAUAAGCAUGGAUGAGAAAGUAGCUUAACUGUACCUGAUUUUUUUUUUUUUUUAUGUUAACCACCAUGUGAUAGAGUAACACUCUUACCAGUUACUCCUAAGGACCCCCCAACAUCCCAUAAAGUUAUGUUUUCCCAUCUUGUCUGAGCAAAAUAAGGAUUUGGGUUUGCAGAACUUCUGGGGGCUUCCUCUGUUGUAGGAAGCAAAUUAAGAAAAUACACAGUUUAGGUUUCUUGCACCAAAUCAUUUUUUUUUUUUUUUUAUAAAAGCAUUAUCAGGGAGAGUUUGAAAAUGAAGCAUUUUAAUCUGGAACAGAGUGGCAGCAGCCAUUUCAAAGAUACUUUACAAAUACCAAAGAACCAAUGAGCGGAGGGCCAGAGUGCAGAGCUCCCUCCUGUAGCAACAGAAGCCAAACAUACAGCUGCAGGUGACUGGUGUCUGUAUGAAGAUCUGACUACAAGACCACCUCUUCCCCAAGCUUUUAAAUGUUAGGAACAGUCUGCAAAGACUUUGGGCCAUGCCAGCAUGCAGGCCUGACCACUUCUCUAAGCCGUCAGUGGCCUUGGUGCUUCAUUUUAACAGAGCACCAAAGCACCGGAGGCUCAAAGUGGAGAGAAACUUUGAAAACUGGGGUUGCACUAAAUUCAGCAGCAGCUUAAAUGUAAUAUUUUGCAAUAUGAUAGUCCUGAUGGAAACUGG